AUGAGUGAUGACAAGAAGCCAGUUUAUUCGGUGCAAAAAGGCAAAAGAGGACGGAAAUCCAAAGCAGAUGGACCAAGCAUUUCAAAGCGGCAGCGUCCGUUAAAUCGCUUUGAAAUGGAGCAGCCUAGUGAGAACGUUGGUACGUCUGCUAAGAAAUUAUCUGCAAAUAAUUCAGAUGAUAUUGAAGUGAAUCCUAGUGUUGGAUACAAGAUGAUAGACUUUUUGACAAUGUUUACAGCAAUUUCUCAAGUAGUUGUUUGUAAAAAGUGUAAGUCCGAUGUAGAAUUUACCGAAACGGGAAAUCGUGGCUUGGGUUUCAAGAUUGUGAUUACGUGUAAAGAAUGCGAUAAAGUUUUUGUUCCGAGCUGUUCAUUUAUUGAUAAAGCAUACAAAAUUAAUCGCAGAAUCAUUCUUGCAAUGCGAUUAAUCGGAGUGGGAUUACACGGCAUACAAAAAUUUUGUGCAUUCAUGGAUCUUCCACGGCCGAUUUUUCAUUCAUUUUAUGACUCUUUAGUGAAAUGUAUUCAUAGUGGUGCAGAAAUAAUGUGUGAGCAAAGUAUGAAGAAAGCUGCUCAAGAGGAAAAAGGAAAAACCGAUGAAUCGAGUAACUCCGGAGGAAUAGCUGUGUCCGGUGAUGGAUCAUGGCGAAAACGAGGAUUCUCGUCGCUUUUUGGAUUCGUCUCGCUAAUUGGAUGGAAGACUGGUAAAGUUGUGGACGUUUCGGUAAAAUGUAAGUACUGUAAAGCAUGCGAAUUUUGGAAAACGAAGGAAGGUACAGCAAAUUACGAGGAAUGGUUGGAAACCCAUGCCGACGAAUGCCAAGCUAACCACGAGGGCUCUUCGGGCCUCAUGGAAGUCAAUGCUGUUUGCGAAAUGUUCCAGCGCUCUAAAUCUUUACACAACCUGAAAUAUACUAGCUAUAUCGGAGAUGGAGACUCUAAGACAUAUACGGGUAUUGUAAAUUCAUCACCUUAUGAAGAUUCGAUUGUCCAGAAAAAAGAGUGUAUCGAUCACGUCCAGAAACGCAUGGGUACGCAUCUCCGGAAUUUAAAAAAGAAAACAAAGGGCCUCGGCGGAAAAGGUAAACUAACUGGCAAAUUGAUCGAUGAACUGUCAAUUUAUUAUGGUCUAGCGAUACGCAGAAAUCAUGAUUCUGUAGAGAAAAUGAGGACUGCGAUCUACGCAACGCUAGAUCACAAAUUAUCAACAGAUGCCAAGCCCAAGCACGAUCACUGCCCGAGCGGAGAAAAUUCGUGGUGCUCGUGGCAAAGGGCCAAGGCCACUGGAACUUUGGACGAAUAUACACAUAAACCACCUUUACAUGAAGAAGUGUACAAGACUAUAACUCCAAUUUAUGAAAAAUUAACCAGUGAUGACCUACUCACUCGUUGCAUAGGCGGCUUCACUCAAAACAGUAAUGAGAGUUUCAACGCUACAGUAUGGUCGAUGGCCCCAAAAGUGACAUCCAGUGGCAAAAAUGUACUUGACACAGCUGUAUAUAUUGCUGCAGGUACUUAUAAUGAUGGCCUCACAAGUGCCAUGAGAGUCAUGCAGAACAUAGGCAUCAAAAUUGGGCCAAACUGCUAUAAUUACUGUCAAGAGACUGAUCAAAACCGCAUCAAAUUAUCCGAUCGUUCGCUCUCAGAUGCUGCAAGAAGAUCUAGAAUCGAACAGAAGGCAUCCAGAAAGGAAGAAGAUGAGUUCCACGUGUCCAUGGAAGGUGAAAUGUACGGCGCAGGCAUCGCAGACUGA